AUGGACAAGCUGAAAGGCGUUGCAAAGGGAGGAUGGCAUCCGAGUGGAGACAAAGCUAUACACCGAGACACGUGGAAAUCGGAUUUAAAAGGCAUCGCGAGCGGCAAGAAACAUGAUCCCUAUGAGUCAGCCAGGAAUCACCAGUCAACUCCUCUCACCAGUCUGAAAGAUCCUGAUUCUUUUGGCCCGCCUCCCAAACACAUUCCAAACAGCCAUGAUGACACAAACUCUCAAGCGCUUUCAACAGUGAGAAGACCGGCCGCUGCAUCGGGGUCGGGUGCACGCGUGCCAACAGCUGCCUCACGCCAGAUCGAGCAGAGUGUCGAAGUCGCUAAACCAGUCGUGCCUUACAGGACGGACACGACAGGACUCAGGACCGAUAAUCUACCAAAGCCACCGAGUCGUUCAGCCAUUGGAGGUGUUCCUUCUCCAAAGACAGCAUCGCCGGUCCCAUUACCCGCACGACAAACGACAGGAAUUAUACCCAGAGGUGGGCCACCACCAGUCUUACCGCCCCGAGAAAACUCAGCUACCACUCAACAUGGACCUACUCCUCCACCAGCCUACAACGCACUGAACUCGAAUCGAAACGUUCCUCUGGUGUCAGUCAACCCACAGGCAGCAUCAAAUCUAGCGCGCGCAGGCAUCUCGGUGCCCGCUCUAGGAAUCGAUACCGCGUCUACAGGCGCAGCUAGCAGACCAGCGGCUGGCACUUCACAGGUAAACGAGCUUCAGCAGCGUUUCGCACGGAUGAAUGCCAGUGCAUCGGCGAGUCCAAUAUCACCAACAGCAGCAGGGAUGGUCGCUGCGGCGGCACAAAAGAAAGCGGCGCCACCUCCACCCCCAAAGAAAGCCAUCCUGCAAUCUCACGAUGAAUCGCCGAUUCCAUCAGCGGGCGCGCCACCACCGAUUCCUCUCAGCAGCAAGCCACGGCCGUGA